CCACUCUUGCCAGAUCUGCACAGAUGGAGACAUGCAGGCUUUUAAAAUCACUUGAGGAGACACCAUGCCUCACUUUACAAGUCCUCUUUUAAGAAACAUCAUUAGCAGAAAUCCAUUUGAUAGCAUCAGGAGGAAGCAAUGUCUCCAAUAUUUGAAAAGCCUGAGAUCACUGCAAUAUGAUGGAUUUAAGACCAUAUAUUUUGGAGAAACUGAUAUUGCUGAAAGUCUUCUAACUGGAGAAGAAGAUCUUAGUGAUGGGUACUUCAUGCACGCUCCAACUUGGUGUAUUGUGCAUGCUAGUAGUAGUCAAGGAUGGGUGCCUUGGAAGUAUCGGAUGUUCCUAAGAGAUGAGUUAUGCAUCAAACGGGAAGAGAGCCUCUUCUUUGAGUUUUGCGAUGUGGUGAAGAAGGCCUAUGGCAAGUGUGCCAUUGUGGUCAAAGAGAGAAGGCAGCAGGACAAGAUGAAGCCAAAAGAAGACACAGAGCUGGAGGCCCAGGUCCGUGUCCCAUCAGUCAUUAGCUUAAUGAGCAUUGUGUGUUGCCCUGAGGUAGCCAAGUCCUGUGGCCAUGAACUACUCUCUUUGCCUUCCCCUUACAAUUACCUAAACCCUCUAGACUCAGCCUGGUCUUCUCUGAAAUGGUUUAUCAUCAAUAACAGAAAGGAGUUUUGCUUGCAGUACAUUGACAAUGUCUAUUCUUACCAGUAUAUACUUCUCAGCGAUUUAAUUAGCAAGGGGAUUGGAAGGAUAAACUCAAGCAAAUGGAAAAUACUAACCAACAAAGUACGUAGAUGGGAAAACUACUAUCUUGGCAAAUUUUCUUAAGGGUGACUCCUCUAACAAGCAGUUGGGACCAUGCUAUGGGCAUAGUCUUUACCAACUCUGCUGGGCUCGACUCUGGACCCAAAGAUACUCCAACAGCGGCCUCAUGGGGAUGCUGUGAGGACCAAGGUUUCUAAGGCUGCUGGCAAAGUGCUGGAAAAAUGCUAGCCUCCCUGGAUUUUUUUAGAACUAUGUGGUCCGAUGAAUAGAGAUGUUCAGUGAUUUUCAGCAGUCAAGUGGUGGACGUAUCUGCAUCGUUUUGUUGUCGUGAGUUUUAUCCGGGGAAUGAACCAGUUGCAACUGCAACCACCAACCCCCCAGAACCCGGCAACCGCAGUUGUUACACACCUCACGUCACAGCCAGCCAGCUAUCUUGUCUCCCGUGGCUGCUGUAACAGAUUACCACAAACGUGGUGGCCCUAAACGACAGACCCUUACUGUCUCCCAGUUCUGGAAGCCAGAAGUCUGAAAUCCGCUCCACUCAGCUGAAAUCGAGGUGUGGGCAGGGCCGCACUCCCUCCCGAGGCUCUGAGAAUCAAUCAUCCCUCGCUCUUCUGGCUUCUGGUGGCUGCUGGCAUUCCUUGGCUUGUGGCCACACUGGUCCAAUCCCUGCUUCUGUAGCCUCAUUACUUUCUCCUAAUUUCCCUCUGCCUCCCUCUUGUAAAGACACUCAUGGUGCCACUCAGGUCCCAUCUGGGUAAUCCAGGAUCCUCUCAAAAUCAUUAACUUAAUCCCAUCUGCAGGGAUUCUUUCUCUACGUAAGGUAACGUUUCACAGGUUCCAGGGAUUAGGAGCUGGAUAUCUUUGGGGACCAUUAUUCAGCUGACUGUAGAUGCUAGAAAGUCUUCUGUCAACUGAAAUACAGCGUUCUCCACUGGGAUUAACCUGGUGAAACAGCUCUUA